GGUGGUGCGCGUGACGAAUCGAUUUCGCGACGUCACCACCCAGGAAGCUCUGCUCGGCGUGAGUUCACUCGGCGUGCGCGCCCCUCCAUAGACAAAGCAGCACACGCACGCUCACCGAUGCCACUGCUCGCUGACACCAAGCAACACGAAGACUCCUCGUACGACGCGAGCGAGCAGCGCGGGAGCUCGCGGGCGAGUCCGUGGGACGAGAGCGCCAGGUCGUCGCACUCCCCUCGGCAGGGGGCGAGCAGACCGGAGCAAAUGAUCCGUGGUGGGAUCGCCUUGCACCGCGGAUUGAGUAGAAGCCACGCCAUGGGCAAGAAGAACGCCGUCCCAGAUCGGUGGGAGAAUUAUGUUCCUGUAGGAAAAAGGGUUAAAGGAACUCGCUUCAUCUCAUUUAAAGUGCCUCUGAGACAGGCCAUCUUGGAUCAUCUUGAAGCAGAGGUGACUCAGAUGAGCCCAUUAGGACUGCUGGAGAACAUAUCAAGGCAAAACGAAAGCCUCGGAUUGGUUAUUGACCUUACAAACACCACACGCUACUAUGAUCCAAAGGAACUGACAAAAGCGGGCAUUAAGUAUGAGAAAAUAUUCACGAUGGGCCACGAGGUGCCGAAUGACAAAACCAUCGCCCAUUUUAAAGAGACCAUCAAGACCUUCAUUGGAGAAAACGGCGAAAACGACAAGCUGAUAGGCGUGCAUUGUACUCAUGGAGUGAACAGAACUGGGUACCUGGUGUGUCGGUAUCUUAUCGAUUGUGAAAAAAUGGAGCCAGACGAAGCGAUACAAGCCUUUAACAGUGCUCGAGGUCAUUCGAUUGAGAGGGAAAAUUACCUCAAAGAUUUGAAAACGAGGGAUUAUGCAAGGCACUCGAGUGCAGCUUCGUGUCCUGCGCAAGCCUCUUCCAGCGUUUUCCACCCCUCUCAUAGUGGUCAAGAGAAAACGGCCUCUCGGAAGACCCUAACAAGAUUGGACCACAGAAAUGACCAAAGAGCAAGAGUCUACCAACGACCUCCGAGUCGCAGAUUUCACCAAAUGCCACCACAAGACACACGCAUGGAUUGGUGGUCUCAAACGCCAGCAGUGGGAGGUUAUCAACAGGACUACUUUCACCAUCCUGAAGGAGGAUAUGUGCAAAAUUACAGCCAGAGUUUUAAUUAUCAGCCAUUCUGGCAAAUGCAGCCGCCAAUACCGUUUCACCAGCAGAGGUUCCAAGCUCAAAGUUUUGACCAGCAAGAUGAAAGACUGUGGUGGCAGUGGGCAGAAAAUCAACAAUGAGAAGAUCGUGUGGAAAUCAAUGGCACAGUGCAUGGCCAGAAUGUGAUAUACUCGCAACAAACAUUUGCCCAUGACUCGAUCGUUACCAAUGGAAAAAUCAUAAAAAAAAAUGUGUUUGGCCCUUUCUUCAAGGUGUAAGUUUAACUCAAUAUUUGGAACUGUUCUGGAGAGAAUGUGGAAUAUUGUUAACCUUUACGUACAAGGAUCUGCCCUUGAAAAUAUAGUAUUUCUAAAUUUUCACAAUUUACAUUUUUCAUUGAGACUGUAAAAAGGCGUAAUAUAAACGUCUUAGAUUAUACUUUUUAUAUCGUGAUCUCCUGACAGAAAUGCAUUACGAAUGGAUGAUAAUACUCAGUUGUCUAAUAGUUUGUCUGGAUUUAUAUAAGUAUACGAAACUAUUUUUGCUACUUAAAUUUGACACCGAAUAAUUUCAGAAAGUGGUGUACAGUUUAAUGUGAAAACACAUUAGCAAUUAUUCGGGAACAAAUGUGUUGCCACUGGAGCUGGGAAAUAUUCCUGCCGGAAUGGUAUUGGAAUCCAAGGAUUCCACCCGAGGCCAAUUCCUGGAGGUGCCCGUUUGAAGGAAUUCACGAUUCAGCCAAUCCCACGAUUCAAUUCGAGAUCGUAUCCAUGAGGAUUCGUAUAUAAACCGCAUCGCAGACAACGUGUUUCUGAGACUCCCAGCUCUAUUCGACAUGGCAAGUUUGCUUUGUCUUUUAUUUUUUGAGAGGUGUUUUACAAUAGUUCACUUUACACAAUGUACAUGUGCAAUUUAUUUUAAGAAAUUUUAUUAAAUCACAGCUCGUUUGUCAGAUUUUUGGGUUGGAUCAAUUUAUUAAAUUGGCAUAUUUGUACACGUGUGGCAACUUUAUAUAUUGGCCGUGUCGGGUGGAGGAGGGCGUACGACACGCAUUCUACUUAUGCGGCGAUCCGAGCUGAAAAUAUGAAAUAGAUUCGCCUGGAAAGCCGGCGUUUCAAAUUUACAGCUCGUUUUAUGCAUUUAUUUUAUUCUGCAAAUGGCACCACAGCAGGGGCUCCUUACACUUGGUUCCGUGUAAUAUUCUUUGUGAAACUCUCCGCAGUGCAUUUACAUGUUGUCUUUGUUAUGGUGCGACAGUGUUCGUACUUAAAUGCGGGCUUCUGGCACGCUAUCGGGAGGAUCGUUUCGCAUCGGGGCAUUGCAAGAAUGACGAUGGAUAUUAACACCCGCGGGAAUGGUUUGUCAUAUUCGGUUUAGAUAUCCGUGCUUUUGGCCUUUGUUAUAAAGCUGUGGGUUACGACUGCACCGUGUGGUCAGACUUGGACCCCCGAGUUGGUAACGGUGACGUUUUAGUCCGGGUUCGCAACUAAAACAACAUGUUGGUAUGAUGACACAAUAUACAUUUUUGCUGCUUUGGAUUUUUUUUUGUGUCGACUAAACCUUGAAGUUGAAGAGUUGAACGACGGUGUGAUGACACCUACCGCAUUGGCCAUGACCUUCGCAAAACGGGACACGAUACAUUUAAUCGUUCGCCGUGGAUAAUUUAAGGUUUACGAUUAUUUCCACGAUGGUCCUUUUAACCGGGAUCUUUGAAUUCCUUUCAAUUAUUAUUGAUGCGAAAUUGCAAUGGCGUCUGUGGCCAAAGUGAAAUUUUCACUUCCCCCCCCCCCUACCAUGCCGCUAGUCACCAAUUCAUCGAUAUAAAAUAUGUCAAUGUGUGUACAUUCAAUCGUAGACAUUUGUGCUUAAGUGUCCGCAAUGCGAGUGUCACGUGCACUUGGUGUACAACUCAUUUUUUUAGAACUGCUUCUUAGAAUGAAAAAUAAGAAUAGGUUUUACCCCUUUCUGGCAAUAAAACAUGUUAAGAUUUUGAUUUAAA